UUCCCUGCUUUCUCGUCCGCAGCUCCCUCAUCUCUCUCUCUCUCUCUUUCUCUUUCUCUCUGUACACUGCAAGCCGAACUCGAAACCCUAGAGCACCGAAGCCUCGGAUUCUUUGAUGCCAUUAACCUUGAGAACAUCAAUUAUUGGAUCACUUCCAGCUGUAAUUUGCCGGAGGGGUCCCGCGCUGUCUUUGAUCCUCUAAAGGCGCCAGAUCCCCGUGGUGAUCGAUGGCAGGUAGCGUCUCUUCCGUUUAUCUACAGGUAAUUGAAGAUGUCAUCAGUAAGGUCCGGGAUGAGUUUAUCAAUUCUGGCGCCGGAGAGACUGUCCUCGGCGAGCUUCAGACGAUAUGGGAGGCGAGGAUGAUGCAUUGCGGGGUUAUAUCGCCUAACAUGGAACGGCCUUCGCUUCAGAAGCAGACUGGCCCGAUUACCCCAGUGCAUGACCUUAAUGUCCCGCCCGUGGAGGAGUAUGAGACCCCCACAGCCGAGAUGCUCUUCCCGCCUACUCCUUUGCAAACCCCGGUGCCACAAACCCCAUUGCCACAAACCCCAAUUCAAACUCCAUUGCCUGGACUAGAUCAGAUGUAUAAUAUACCUACAGGACCCUCUGAUUAUGCUCUGGUUAGUGAUAGCAGGAAUGGUGGUGAUAUGAAACCUGGAAGGCCAAGUCCGUACAUGCCACCCCCAUCUCCUUGGAUGAAUCAGAGGCCUUUAGGAGUUGAUGUCAAUGUGGCUUAUGUUGAGGGUCGUGAAGACAUUGAUAGGGGAGCUCCUCAUCAGCCAAUGACCCAGGAUUUUUUCAUGAUAUCUGCUGGGAAGCGCAAAAGAGAUGAUUAUGCUUCUCAUUUGGCACCAGGAGGUUAUAUGCCACAGCAAGAUGGUAGUGGAGAUGUAGAAAUAGAGUUUGCUCUACAAAAGGAAACCAACUUUGCAUCCACUGGAGUUUGGGGGAAAAUCAAAACUGACUCUAUAUCCAAUGUGUUAAUAAGGGAAACUCCAACGCUUCCUCAGCAAGAUGGUGCUCAAGAUGAAUAUGAUGAAUUGUUCCAUUUCCAAGAAGUUACAAAUGAAGAUUACAACACUCCCACACCUGCAGAGCAUGAUCUACGAGCACCUACCCCAUUAGUUGGUACUCCAAAGCCUACCAAAAAUGAAGCCGCAGAGGAUGAUGAGCCUCCAUUAAAUGAAGAUGAUGAUGAUGAGGAUGAUCUGGAUGAUUUUGAUCAGGGAGAGGAAGAGACAAACACACAACAUUUAGUUUUAGCCCAGUUUGACAAGGUGACACGGACAAAGAACAAGUGGAAAUGCGCUCUCAAGGAUGGUAUCAUGCACAUUAACAGCCGAGAUAUUCUUUUCAACAAGGUAUGACUCUAGAUUCUGUUUGAUCAUCUUUAAUUUUUUCCUCCAACAUUUAUGAGUAUGCUCUUUCAUCAUCCUUUCAGAAGUUUUCUUGACAGAUUGGAAUGAUCUAUGUAUGUUUUUGUGCUUUUGAGAAAAUUUAUGGAGAUGAUAUGUUUCAUAGUAUCACGCUUCAUAAGUUGUAUGUUUUUGUUAUGUAGAUAUCUGUAUUGAAAUUAUUAUAGGGGUUUGCUUCUUGAUUCCGUAGGCAUUU